UGCAUCUCCCGAGCGACUAGCUCUUGUGCAAACGAGCGCUAUAUUGCCAUGCCAUGGCAAGCCCAAGCGAGCGCUCGGAACGCUUCAGCGGGCCGCGCCUCCUGCAGGCCAUCGCAGAGCUCACGAGCACCGGCAGCCGGGCUGCGGACGCCUUGCUCCGUGACUUUGCGCGCUCCGAGAAGGCGGCGGCGACUUGUUGCCAGCUGCUGGCGAGCGCGGCGAAUGAGUUACCUCCAACGGCGCAGCAGCUGCUGGCGAGCACCUGCCACCGCGCCGCCCAGCGGACCUCCGGCGGCUACGGCGACGGAGCGUCGCGCGGAGCGGCGCCGGAGGAGGUGCUGCAGUUGGCAGCCCGCCUCCCCGAGAAGCCCGGCGACGCGCUGGCGCGGGCUGCCGCGGCGCUGUGGCUCCAUAGGCGGAAUCCUCCGCUGGAGGAGCUGCUAACCGCUGCUGGCGAAGGCUCCGCAUCAAGUGCGCAGGCCUCGCGGCUGGCGCUGGUGGUCUUGGCGGCGCUGCCCGAGGAGGCCAACGCCAAGGAGCUGAAGUUGGAGCAGCGACCCCAGGUGCUGCUGCAGCUGCAGCAGGCGGCCCCCGAGGUGCUUCGACGCCUGGGCGCGGCCGGGGAGAGGAGCAUGAUGGCUGCCACCCAAUGGCUCGCUAUUUGCGACGCCACCGCCAGCAUCGUGGAGGAGGUGGGCGCAGCUUUGCUCCCGCACGCCGCGUCCAUCCUGCGCCGCGAGAAUUCGCCGGAGAUGGCAGGCGCCGCGGAGUUCCUGGAGGCUUUGCUGGAGAAGUCCGGCGCCUGCAGCAGCUGCCCCGGCCGUUUGGUGCAUGACCUCAUGACGCUGCUCGCACAGCUGCAGCCGGUGAGCGAAGAGGGCCGGCGCGUGCUGUGCCGUCUGGUGGCCAGCGCAGUGAUUCAUUGGUGCCGCUUCUUCGUGCACGAGCCUUCGGAGCAGGUCGCCUUAUUGGAGGCGCUGCUGAGCUGUGCCGCUUGGGGCCACCAGGCGGCCACGCAGGCGCUGCCGGCGUGGCUGGCGCUGCACGGCCAGGUCCUAAAGGCGCAGGUUUUGGAGCCCUACGCGCCGGUGCUCCUGCGCUCUGCGCGCAGCCUGCGCCAGGCCGCGGUGUUCCCCGAGGACCUCCACCAAUGGCCGUUGGAGGAGCGGGAGCGCUUCGGCCAGUUCCGGCGGGAGCUCCGGGACUUCCUGCGGGAGCUGGGUGCCGAGCAGGGCCCAGGCCCUAAGGCACGGCAACGCGGCGCACAGCCCGGCGUGCUACUGCCGCUGCUGCUGGAGGAGAUCCAGCGGGACGUGGCGCAGCGUUUGGCGGGGGACUGGCGGCCGCUGGAGGAGGCGCUGCACGCCUUGUCGGCCUUGGCCAGGGAGCUCAUGGCCGUUCCAGCGGCUAGCUCCCGUGCACUGGAGCUGCUCUACUCCCUGGUAGGCGAGCAGAGCCCGCUGCGUGGGUCCUGCCACCGCCAGUUGAUCUCCACCUUUUUGCAGUGCGUGGCGGUCUUAGGGCCCCUGGCGCCCGCAGAGGUCCUGGGGCAGUGCUUCGCCAUCGCGCGCGCCUCCCUCCAGAUCCCGGAGGAGGUGACCGAUGGGCCGGACUCUGCGUAUCCGUUUCGUGCGAAGCAGGAUCACAAUGGCGCUGUCUGCUUGAUGAAGCUGUGUGCGCUACCUGCUUUGGCAGACCGGGCAGUGGCAGAGGCGCUGCGCACCGACUUGCGCCAGCACCUGGCGCAACAUUCGGCGCCGAGAACGCCUCGCACGCUGUUCCCGAGCUCUGUGCUGGUGCUGGCGCAGGCAACGGCCCUCGCGACCAAGCCUUUCGCAGAUUUGGCCAGCCAGGCAAUUGCGGAUUGCUUGGAGCUGGCGCUAGGCGGUGCCGGAGGCUUGCCCUUGCAAGCCGCCGCAGAAUUGGUGGCCGCGACUGAGGCGGGUGCAGCCGCCUCGGCGCUCAGCGGCGCCUGGCCGGCGCUGCUGAGUGCUGCGCUGGAGCCCAAGGCCUUGUCGCUGCUCUUGGCCAAAGCUGCCGAGCGCCUUCCCUGCGAGGCCCUGGGUCAUUUAGCGCGGUUCCUGGCGCAGGCCUUUGAGGCGCGUCCUUCAGCGCGCUGCGCGUUGAUGGCAGCAGCGGCGCCGCUGGCGCGCCGCGCAGGCUCCGAGGCCCGGCGCCGCGAUGUGUCCCGAAAGUUGGAGCGAGGCGGCCGAGGCGAGUCUGAUCGCGGGGCUGGGGGUGACAUGGUGUUGCUGAGGGUGCAAGUCAUGGCGGCGGAACUCCUGGAAGGUAUGGGUGGGUCUCCCUUCCCUGCGGGGGUCAGUGAGGAGGAGCGGCAGCUGGUAGAGGCAGCGGAUGGAUACGGCAAUCAUUCCAGGCGGGGCGCCAUGCGCCCGCGGUGCUCCUGCGCAGCGGUGCGCCGCUUCGGAUUCGUCUCGGUGUUAUUUCGAGCGUCGCGCGGACCGGUGGGCCGAACGAGGGCCGAGUCUGACGGCGGUGUGGCAGGCCGCGGUGGCGCUGGCGGCUCGGCUCGACUGGCAUGGACCGCUGCAUCGGGGGCCGAGUCGCCCAAAAGGCUCGUGCGCGAGCUCGAGACGGAUGAGGACGAGAAUGUCAUGGCCGCUUUCCGCAAGUUCUGCGACUGGCAGUGCCAGCUGGCCUUAGAUGAGAUUUCUGAUCUUGAAGAGGGCGUGCAACGGCUGCUGGAGGUAGCAGUGCCUCAGGAACAGCCGCCGGUGAAGGCGCUGACGCUGCUCUCUGAGGUCUGGGCCGAGAGUCCGGGCUGCCCUCCGGAGACCAAAGGGCUUCGCGAGCAAGUGCGGGUCCGCCUCGGUGAGGUCUUGCAGGUGCGAUUGGGGGACUGGUGCCUCGGCGCCUUGCAGCUCCGCGCCGUGAUGAAGGCCAGAUGCCUGCCAGCGCCCUCGGCGUAUUGCUCCCAGCCGCACGGGCGUUGUUCCAACAUGCCGCGGCCGGCCGGGGCCCCAGUGCGGCAAGAGACACGUGCCUGGGCAACUCAGGCAGUGGCCGGGGAGAACUUCCCCCAUGCUGCAGUCAAGGACCGCAAGUCUGGGGCCAAUGCCAACACGCGCACAGGAACAGACGAGGUGAAGACCAUGUAUGAGGACCCUCCAACUGUGCUGGCAGUGAUCUGGUGCUUGGGCAUCUUCUGCGCGAUCUGCACCUGCACGAUCUCGGCCUUCCACAUGCGGAGCCACUUCAAAGCGGCCAGGGAGCAGGGGCUCGGGCACCACGAGCUGCUGAUGUCCUUGGGCCCCCGCGCGGACCGAGUCAUCCAGCUGCUGCUGGUGCCGGCCUUCUUCUCCGUCACCGGGGCCGCGCAGAUGCUGGUGCCGGGGGCCGACGGGAUCCUGUCUUUCCUGCGAAUCGCCCAGUUGUCCUUUGCUAUGGUGAAGAUCGUCGAGCUUCUUUUCCUCCUGAGCGGCAGCCAGCAGCACAUCUUGGACAACCUGCCCAAGGAGCCGGUGAACUUGUUCGCCAAGUUCCCCAUGUGCCUCUUCUGCGGGUUUCGCUGCUGCGCCCAUCGGGUGCGCCUGGGGCACCUGCGCUUCUUCGUCGCCGGCCUGCAGCAGUUUGUGUGCAUCAUGCCUAUGGUGGGUGCCAUUGACGUGUACCUCCAGACAAGGGGUGAGGUGGAAGACGCUGACACCUUGAAAGUCCUGGGAACCAUCGUGGCGUUGAGCACCUUCUUUGGCCUGUGGAGCUUCAAAUGUUUGCUGCCCCUCAUCGCAGACACCAUCUUCGUGGAGGAUUUGGACCCUGGGCGAGUGGCAGCUAUGGAGAGGUUCAUCCUGCUGCAGAUGAUGGCGGUGAAGCUGCUUGGGAUGAUCGUGCCCAAGUUGGUCACGGAGAACUUGCAGGGCCCUAGCUGGGAGAUGCCCAACCAAUUCUACGUGUCCAUCCUGAACGGCUUCAUGAUGUGCUUAGUGCAGCUGCCAUUGGCAAUCUUGGGCUCUUGCGCCUACACCGCGGACGAGGGGCUCUACCCCGAGCUGGACUAUGAGGCGGACCUUCCGCCGGACGCCAUCGCCCUCAUGGACAUGAGUGGCAUCGAUCCGAGCCAAUGGAAGCGCUUACGGCGGAUGAGCAGUUGA